AUGUUUGGGCGAACUUCUUUGGUUUCCGGCUCCGUUGUCGCUGCAUUAGCGCUCACUACAUUUAUCCCGCAGGCGGCUGCUUUCUGGCGCUUGACAUGCCUAAACAAACUUCUGGUUGAGCGGAAUGAUCCUAUUGUCAAUCCUGGGGCCGUGUCAGGGCACCUGCACACUGUUAUGGGAGGCAAUGGGUUUAAUUUUACUAUGGACUACGAGAAAGCUCGGGCUUCCACCUGCUCUUCCUGCACUAUUAAGCAGGAUCUUAGUAAUUACUGGAUUCCUAAUGUUUUUUAUCAAGCUAAGAACGGGUCUUUCUUCCCUGUUGAACAGAUUGGUGGUGCGACCAUUUAUUAUCUACAACGUCGUGAUCCCCCUGAUGAGAAGUUGAAGGCUUUCCCUCCUGGUUUCCGUAUGAUCGCUGGAGAUCCGUUGCUUCGUCACAACACUAGUGUUAGUGGAAGAACCGACGCUUUUACCUACAUCUGCCUCGACUAUAGCGGCGGCUCCAAGGGGAUGAAGGAGAGAUAUACCGAGUUCCCUAACCGCAACUGUCCUAGCGGUCUCCGUGUCCAAAUCUUCUUCCCGUCAUGCUGGAACGGCAAGGACCUCGAUUCCCCGGACCACAAAAGCCAUAUGUCCUACCCCAUCAACGUUAACUUCGGGAAAUGUCCCUCCACACACCCCGUGAAGUUUGUAUCAAUGUUCUACGAGGUCAUCUUCAACACCAACGCUUUCAAAGACCAAUGGUAUGACAACAAGCAGCCAUUUGUCCUGUCCAAUGGCGAUCCAACCGGGUAUAGUUUGCACGGCGAUUUCUUCAAUGGAUGGGACAUUGGCGCUCUCCAAAGGGCGAUAGAUACGUGUAAUUCGGCGUCUGGUGCUGCGGAGGAGUGCAGUGUGUUCAAGUUCUUCGACAAGAACCAGUCUCAGGAUUGUAUGGUGCCCCCAAGGAUUGAAGAGCAGACCACGGGGUGGUUGGAGAAGCUUCCCGGGUGUAACCCGAUCCAACCCGGUCCUGCGCGCGCUGUUAAACAUACCAACUGUGGCUCCCAGGAGACUAUUGGGGCGCCCAUGAAGUACUAUACGGACGUUUCUGCUAAGAAUUGGGAGUACGUUGGAUGUGUCAUGGACAGCUUGACCUCUCGUACAUUCCCCGAGAGGGAGGACUUCAACGACCUCACGGUUGAGAAGUGCAUCGACUACUGCGCGAGCAAAGGCUUCAACUGGGCUGGUAUGGAGUACGCAAGAGAAUGCUAUUGCGGAAAGUCCGCUCCGCCCCAGGACCGGAUGGGGUACGCCAGGUGUACUACCCCCUGUGCCGGGAACGACAAGCAGUUCUGUGGUUUUGCGCAGAGACUCUCAACAUAUAAGGCUAAGGGGCCAAGUUCCAAUACUUUCGGGACCCCAUAA